CGAGCGGAACGGCCGGGGGACCCCUCCGCCUUCCCCCCCUUCCCCCGCGGUCGCGGCGUGUCCCCUUUUAGGGAAUUCUUUCGCUCUCGCUGACUCCAGUGCGGGUGGGGCAGCACGAAGAGGGAGCGCUCCAUUCCACUGGCCGGGCCCCUGGCCGCCUCCGGCCACCCAAAUCUCUACAGCUCUCUCCACCCCUCUCCCCUGCACCUUCAGUUAUGUAAACACCCCCCUUCCUCUCCCCAGCGCUUAGCUCCGCACCUACCCAGGGGGCAGCCCCUCCAGUUUCCUGAGGUUGAUGGGGUGAGGGGGAAAGAGAGGGGGCGUCCCGGAGCCCGUGGUCCCCUCCAGUUCCCCGACCCCCGACCCUCUUUGUCGCCCUUCCCCGCCCCCAGACAGCCCCAGAGGCCCUGGGUAUUUUUAGUAUUGUGACCUGGGCGGCAGCGCUAAGAGCCUUUCCCAGGAAUCGGCGUCAGCGCCUCCCUCCUCCGCUCCCAGCCCCGGCCACAUGGUCUCCCCACACUUCCUUGGCCCUGCCUGGCCCACUUGGGUUUGGGUCUCUCGCGGCCCACCCCAGCGCCGGUGGAGCCGGCCAGGGUCUCAGAUAUGCCGAGUCCAGAUGAGGUGGGGAAGGCAGUAGGCGGAGGAUGAUGAUCUGGUCCUCAAGCUUGAUACUCCCUUGCCUCCGGUGAUGGGCUCAGGAACGGAAUGGAGCGAAUCCGAGUGAAUGGCGUUCUGGAAAGCUCUCGGCACUGGGGGCCGGAAGGCCUGGUCUGAAUUGCACCCUUCCGAUUGCUACUCGAUGCCUAGUGGGGAGAGCAGACAUUGAGAUGUGUCAGAGGAGAGGAGCUCAAAGAAAGAGCUGUGGGGGGCAGCGAAGAGAUGGUGUCCUGUAAAUAGCACGGGGACCAGAGCUUUCCGUUUUGCAGAGCACCUUCACCGCCUGUGUCUUGUGCUGGAGGCAGGUAGGAGGAUGAUGCCAUUUUCAGAUGCGGAGACUGAGGCUGGAAAGCUGACUUCCUUAGGGGCAGAGCCAAGCCUAGAAGUCUGUGAUUAAAGAGCAGGGUUUGGAGGGGAUGCUGGUGGUGGUGGUGGUGUGUGUGUGUGUGUGUGUGUGUGUGUGUGUGUGUGUAGAGAGAGAGGGAGAGUAGGGGAGGGGGUACUUUAGCUUUCGUCUGGGUUUUGAAGAAUGGCCAGGAACCAGAGCUGCAGCCUGGAGGAAGGGACCUUCCUCUCUGUCCUCUUCCCCAGCCUUCUGAGGAGAGGCUGGGUCCAUUGAGCGGAAGACGUGCCUCCCCCAUUUGAGCUGAACCAGCCCUUCCAACCCCUCUCCGAAGGGCAUGAUGCUGAGACUUGGCCAUUGACCGCGUUCCCUGAAUACAGAGGAGCCUCUUUUGCUGUGCCUGGAACUGGCAUCCCCUUUGUGGAGCUAGGGUCAGCCCCGCCUCUGCGUGAGACUUGAAGUUUGUGGAGCUGACAUGGACCCAAAUCCGCGGGCAGCCCUGGAGCGCCAGCAGCUCCGCCUUCGGGAGCGGCAGAAAUUCUUUGAGGACAUUUUACAGCCUGAGACAGAGUUUGUCUUCCCCCUGUCCCACUUGCAUCUCGAGUCACACAGACCCCCCAUAGGUAGUAUCUCAUCCAUGGAGGUGAAUGUGGACACACUUGAGCAAGUAGAACUUAUCGACCUGGGGGAUCAGGACGGAGCUGACGUGUUCUUGCCUUGCGAAGAUCCUCCACCGACCCCGCAGACAUCUGGGGUGGACGACCGUCCCGAGGAGCCGAGCCUGCCAAUGCCCAUGGCAGACAGGACCACAUCCCGCACUUUCUCCUCGUCCUCUGACUCCUCCACCAAUCCGCACAGCCCGGAUGUCAGUGAUGGCGGAGCAGACACGCCCUUGGCACAGUCUGACGAGGAGGAGGAUGGGGGAGAUGGCGGGGCAGAGCCUGGAGCCUGCAGCUAGCAGUGGGCCCACACCUACAGACUGAUUGAGCUGCCUAUUCUCCACUUGAGACCGCAGGCCCAGCCAGAGCGCUUCGGAGAAGACCAGACUCUUUACCUGCAGUAGGCACCAGAGGGGGGAAAGGACGGUGGGUGGUGUACCUUUCUGGGAAUUAACCCGCUCCUGCUUGACUGCUAACCUUUCCCUGCUGCAACCUCCCUGCCAGGUUUUGGCUUACUCCUGAGGUAGGGCCUGCAAGUGAGGAGAUGGAAGACGAGAUAGGACAAGAUGCCACUGCUUUUCUUAGCACUCUUCCCUCCUCCAAUCUAUCCUGCAGUCUCCUGAUAGCGUCUCCUAAACCAGUGUCUCUAAAUGGAUGUGAACUCCUUAACACUCCCAGUGAGAUGGUACUCCAGCCAUCCUGCUUCCUUACAUCCUUUUCGGAACAGGGCACGGUAUGAAUAAUAAACAGAUAAUAAUAUGCCAA